GAGACAAGUGCGCCGGCUUCGCGCGCUCCCCAGCGGCCUGCGGUGGGCAACGGACGGCGGGACAGACAAACGGACUCACGGACCUCUGCUAGCCGGGGCCGAGGCCCGCAGACGCGACGCGCGCGGGCUCCGACGGGCAGGCGGCGGGCGACGGCUCCAGCGAGCCCGCGGGGCCCGGGCGCCCUCUCCAUUCCGGGGCGCACAGCCUCUCCUCGCGCGGCGCCCGCACCCGCGCCCGCCAGGCAUGCAGCGGGCCCAGGACUGAGGGGCGGCGGCGCGUGCUCUCCGGGUCCCGCGUUCCUGGAGGUGCUCCCGGCGUCCGGCGGGCUUCCCGGCGGCGGCGCGGGGACUUUUCGCCUCUCGCUGGCCUCUCCCGAGCGCGUCUAUGAGCGCAGCGUUCCCGCCGUCGCUGAUGAUGAUGCAGCGCCCGCUGGGGAGUAGCACCGCCUUCAGCAUAGACUCGCUGAUCGGCAGCCCGCCGCAGCCGAGCCCCGGCCAUUUCGUCUACACCGGCUACCCCAUGUUCAUGCCCUACCGGCCGGUGGUGCUGCCGCCGCCGCCGCCGCCGCCGCCCGCGCUGCCUCAGGCCGCGCUGCAGCCCGCGCUGCCGCCCGCGCACCCACACCACCAGAUCCCCAGCCUGCCCACUGGCUUCUGCUCCAGCCUGGCGCAGGGCAUGGCGCUCACCUCUACGCUCAUGGCUACGCUGCCCAGCGGCUUCUCCGCGUCGCCCCAGCACCAGGAGGCGGCCGCCGCCCGCAAGUUCGCGCCGCAGCCGCUGCCCGGCGGCGGCAACUUCGACAAGGCGGAGGCGCUGCAAGCUGACGCCGAGGAUGGCAAAGCCUUCCUGGCCAAGGAGGGCUCGCUGCUCGCCUUCUCCGCGGCCGAGGCGGUGCAGGCGUCGCUUGUCGGGGCUGUCCGAGGGCAAGGGAAAGACGAGUCAAAGGUGGAAGACGACCCGAAAGGCAAGGAGGAGAGCUUCUCGCUGGAGAGCGAUGUGGACUACAGCUCGGAUGACAAUCUGACUGGGCAGGCGGCUCACAAGGAGGAAGACCCCGGCCACGUGCUGGAGGAGACCCCGCCAAGCGGCAGCGCCGCGGGCAGCACCACGUCCACGGGCAAGAACCGGCGGCGGCGGACUGCCUUCACCAGCGAGCAGCUACUGGAGCUGGAGAAGGAGUUCCACUGCAAAAAGUACCUCUCCCUGACCGAGCGCUCGCAGAUCGCCCACGCCCUCAAACUCAGCGAGGUGCAAGUGAAAAUCUGGUUCCAGAACCGACGGGCCAAGUGGAAACGGGUGAAGGCGGGCAAUGCCAAUUCCAAGACAGGGGAGCCCUCCCGGAACCCUAAGAUCGUCGUCCCCAUCCCCGUGCACGUCAGCAGGUUCGCUAUUAGAAGUCAGCAUCAGCAGCUGGAGCAGGCCCGACCCUGAGGGCCCAGGGAAGGCCCAGGCUGGCACCUACCUGCCAAAGCCCCAGUACCCGAGGGAACCCGUGGUGAACUCUACUGUGUUUGAAGCAAAACUCAAAGUCACACCCCUACUGUGGACAUCCUAAGAAAAUUGAGAAUAUAUUCAUUAAACAGGCUUAAAAGACUGCUUUUGAAGGGGCUACAGCCACACCGGAAACACACUAAAUAUUUAUUGUACUAUCCUACUUUGUACAUAGAUAUCUAUAUAGACUGGAUAUCGGCUGCAGUAUUUUGAAAGUUAUAGGACCAAAUUACCCAGUGAUAUUCUCCACUCACAUUCCAGAAGAAAACAAAACGUCUGCUGUAAUCUGCCGCGUUAGCAGCCACCUUUCCAUACUUUUCCAAAGGUAAACAUAAAACACAAGAACAAACACUGGGGUUUAAACUUAUUUUUGUUUCUAUUCUGGCUUUUUGAGUUGACUGAAAAGCAGACACUGUUGGGCAACCUGGAAAUUUGCUUUGCUUUGCUUUGGUUUUGCCUGGCUUUUUCCCCUGGGGUUGCGUAUCCUAUCUGAGCCAUGUCUGAAGCACGUCUCUGUUGUGUUUAAUUUAUUUCAAUGUAGCUUAUUUUCUUAUAAGUUAUGACAUUUAAACAAUUUCGGUCUUGUGAAUAAUAAAAAGAGAGGGGGAAAAAGA